AUGUUUAAAUGCGUACAGUGUCCGUCGGUUUUCAACGGGAAACGUAAUUUGGUCGCUCACCAAAAGAAGCAUGCAGGUGUACGUUUUCCGUGCACCGUUUGCCCAUCGACAUUCUCUAGUAAUUCGUCUCUUAAUAGACAUCAGAAGAACGCCCAUGGUAUCGUUAACGUUCCUACUCACCUCAGACCUAUACCCGCUGCACAGAUGGUUCAACCAACUGCAUCGAUCACGACACCACAAAUAUUCGUCCCCGAUGUCCCGACCGCGGGUGGUUCGAAUGCGAUAUCUGAGGACGACUUAUUAUGCGUCAUAAACGAAGAUAAUGAUACAGGUUAG